AUGACCCCAUCUGCUCGCCCGAUUCAUAUUCUUGGACGUGCACCUGUGAAGCACUCGGAUCAUCAUGGUCGUGAUCGAUCCGAUAGUUGCCAGGGAUGCCGCCAUGGCCAUCUACCACAUCUUGCUGGUUGUGCCCUAGAAGCACUCUGUGAAUCCCUACCCACUUCUAUUCCUGUAUUUGAAGAUGUUGUCCAAAAAGUUCGCAAAACUUCGAUGCAAUCUUGUGGAUUGGGUCGUAGCAGUUCUUUUGCCGCUUCCCGCUCCCAUGUCAAAGACAGCGAACCCUCCACAACACGUACCGGGUCUCAUCAUCACUUAGAAAUCUGGGCUGGAGAGGGAACUAACCACGAGAUACCUCAUAAACAUCAUCAUAGCGGCCCAAUCCAGAAGACUGUCUCGUAUAUCCGGAACAAGUUUGACAGCGGAAUGGCAGCCAACCAGGCGAUCCCCACGUUAGAAGAAUUGAGAGAAUGGGAGACGAAUUUCGAAGCACUCAUCACUAGCAAAUUUGGUGUCACACUAUUCCGGGAAUACCUCAAGAAAGAGCUCAGCUCUGAAAAUAUCGACUUUUGGUGCGAGUGCGAGGAGUACAAAAAGAUGAAACACGGCAAGAAGGAUACGACAAAGAAAUGUACAGAAAUCUUCAACACCUUUUUGCGGAACCUUGCUUGUCGAGAGGUGAACCUCGACUCUUCCACGAAACAAGCAACAAAAGCCGCGUUUGAAAAUGGGUGCCCGUUGGAUACCUUCGACUUGGCUCAAUCACGGAUUUAUCAGUUGAUGGAGAAGGACUCCUACAGAAGGUUUCUAAAAGACGUCAUGUUCACCGAGUUGGUGGAGUUGGCGAAAGCCAAGGCCGCUGAAGCAGCCACCACCGCCAGCGCCGACAGCGCCGAAAAA